AUGUUGAACAUCUUUCGCAUCCUUGCGGAUUUUUCGCAUCUCGGCAGCAUCUUCAUCUUGCUGCACAAGAUGGUGCAGUUGAACAGCUGCUCUGGCAUCUCGUUCAAGUCCCAGGCUCUUUACAUGUUUGUCUACGUCACUCGCUAUCUCGACAUCUUCUCGACCGAUAGCAUCUACAACUUUGUGUUUAAGCUCCUCUUCCUCGGUUCGCAAGGAUACAUCAUCUACCUCAUGACCAACGCCUACAAGCCCACCAACGACCCCAACGUCGAUACCUUCCGCGUCCAGUACCUCCUCGCCGGUGCCGCCGUCCUCGCCAUCGCAUUCCCCUAUUACUAUACCUUCUCCGAGAUCCUCUGGGCCUUCUCCAUCUGGCUCGAGGCCGUGGCCAUUCUCCCCCAGCUCUUCAUGCUGCAGCGAACCGGAGAGGCUGAGACCAUCACCACCCACUACCUCUUUGCGCUCGGCAGCUACCGCGCUCUCUACAUCCCCAACUGGAUCUACCGAUACUUUAGCGAGCCCAACCACAAGGUCGACUACAUUGCCAUCAUUGCCGGCAUCAUCCAGACGAUCCUGUACAGCGACUUUUUCUACAUCUACUACACCAAGGUUCUCAAGGGCAAGAAGUUCAAGCUCCCCGUCUAA